AAGAGGAGUUUUUCUGAGACUAUUCCUUGAUUUUUUUCAGAAAAGGCAAGUACCAUAUAAGUUAUUUUAAUUUCUUCAAACAGCUGGAAAACAGUAAGAGUCGUAAGAGUGGAAGAGGGAUUCAACCAGAUACCAACAGGAGCAUGUGUGGCUCUAGACGCAGCAGACUUAACCACUUGACUAUCUCUGGGCACUUGAGAAUGAAUUCCAACCGCAUAAUAAUGGACUGUAUAUUUUUGCAGGUCACAUUUACCACUCAACACACAAACUAAAAAUAAACUGGAAUAUACUCUUUCUCAUCUGUUUUCCAGAGAGAACACAGUUUAUAAAGGUCAAUGAAGAAGUCAACUGACCAGUGUGAUCUUAACUGCUUAAUUAAUUGCUAUCAUUAUGAGAGCACUAGUUGUUUUAAUGGAGUGUGGUCAUGCCUGUGAUUAAUACAAUUUAAAACAUGAACAAGAGCCAACAGAUGCAUUACUCAGACACUGCGUGAACAUGCUGCUCUAAUGCUCAACAUUGACAGGCCAUUAGAUUAAUUAAGUAAAUUGAUUUUUAUUGUGAACGCAUGGAGACUUUGGGGCAGCAAGUAAACAGCAGUGACUUGGGCCAAAUGAACAGGGCAGAUGAGGUUUUGAUUAAGGCUUUGGUACCCAUUCUGGAUGGGCUAAUUCUGGUGACCGGCCUGGUGGGUCAAAUCUUGGUCAUCACCAUCCUAACUGGCAGGAGGAGGAGAGAUGGUCAACCCCCGCAUGGUACAGACACUCUGCUGCUGGCCCUGAGUGCUGCUGAUCUGCUGCUGCUGCUCUGCCUGCCCUUCCACACCUCCGCCAUCACCCUGGGAUGCUGGCCCUUCGGCAGCUUCCUGUGCAAAGCCAUCAGCUUCCUGGGUGUGGCCUGCUCGUCUGCAUCAGUCUUCACCCUGGCAGCUUUGGCUGUGACGCGCUACCUCACAGUGGUACACCCCACCUGGGUGUACCGUUCAAGAAUGCACCGACGCAUAAAGCUGAUGGUAGCUUUGCUCUGGGUCCCUGCCUCGGCUUUGGCAGCACCACAGUUUGCCUUCCGCACAGUUACCAUGUCCAACGCUGUGUACUGUUUUGCCUUCCUGUCUGACUUCAGCCAGCUUGUCUACAGCAUCGCCCUCUUCCUGUUUGGCUUCGCUCUACCGCUGGGCAUCAUUGUAUUGAUGUAUGCCAAGAUCUACUGUUUUCUUCGGCACGCACGGAAGCUUGGGAAUGCCCCCCAGCUGGAGCGCUAUCAGAGCCAGGUCACUCACACUUCAGCUCUCCUCGUACUGGUCUUCACUCUCCUCUGGCUGCCCUCCUACGCGCUCAUGUUCUCCUUCAUAGGAGGAACCAUUAAUGUCUCACCCGGCUAUAAGACUAUUGCCAUCCUGGCCAGACUGUUGUCAUCCUCAGCAGCAGUGGUAAAUCCUGUACUUUAUGGAUUUAUGUCUCAGAAGUUUAGAAGAGACUUACUAGAGCUGGGUAGAGGGCGCUGGGCAGGGUGUAAAAGCUGUCUGAUUGGUUGUCCUCAUGUGAUGGGCAGGGACAUGGUACAGCCCUUUGAGCUGGACACAAGCUCAGAGAGAGGGCAAAACUGACUCUGAGAUCACUGCUACCUCAUUUAAAUCUGGCCAUAGGGCUGGGCAAUAUAGAUGAAAUCAAUAUCAUAUUUACAGUAAUUAAAUGCAAUCGACUGUUAUGCAUUAAAUCAGACAAAAAUCUUAAUAUGUCUGAGCUAAAAUUUUGAAUUUGCUUUCAUUAAAUUGGACUGCAGAAUUUAACAAUGACACAUCAUCAUGACCAAAAUAUUGCUCUAUGUGAAGCUAACACUUUCCUGUUUCCUCUCUUGGAUUAAAUGGAAUACAUUCUGUAGUUGGUGGAUGAAAAACUAAUGUGUAAAAACUGGCGGCCAUUUUUACAGUCUUUUCAAAACCCUGAUCUCGAUGCAACAUCAAUAAACAAACUCGCCUCAUGCACUUUACUGCGUUCUGCUGUCUUUUUUUUUUUUUUUUUUUUUUUUU